UUGCCGGUUCCUGUUCCGGCACCCGUCAGCCGUGACGCCGUCGGGAAGGUCGCGCAGGGCGGACGAGUGGCUGCUGUCUCUUGUCCCUGUCAUGUUGUCCGCCGGUGUCCGCCGCUUCGCUACCUCCGCCAUCCGCCGCAGCCACUAUGAGGAGGGACCCGGGAAGAACCUCCCAUUCUCUGUGGACAGCAAGUGGCGGCUUCUCGCAAUGAUGUGUGCGUUCUUUGGGAGCGGAUUUGGUGCCCCUUUCUUCAUAGUCAGACAUCAGCUCCUGAAGAAGUGAAGAGGUCAGGCUGUAGCUGCUCUAGCUAGAGUCGAAGUCUUCUGCACAGCAUCAUUCAAUGGGGAAAUGAUAGCUGCAACCCACGCUGGAUGUCUCUAAAUAAAAUCUUAAACCCCAA